AUGGAGAGACGAAACAACGAGCUCAAGUUCGAGGAUUACGAGUCGGAUGAUCCCGAGAGAGCUCUAACAGGACGCCUGUUUUGGAAGCCCGAGAAAGACAUUGCCGCGAAUCUCCGGUUCAAAGACUUCCAAUGCAAAAUAUGCCGCGAGGACAUUGCAGAUCCAGUAGUGACGGCCUGCUGCGACAGUUAUGUUUGCCGAAAAUGCUGGACAGACGAUCUUCACACCUCAGACUUUGAUGGAAGUUUUCACAGCGACUGUCCGAUUUGUUUUAAAGCAGUUGAUUUCCAUAUUGAUUCGCCACAUGGCUUCUACCCUCGUUUUCCUCCUCCGCCAACAUUUUACGCCGCUUCGAAGUUUUUUCUGAAGAUGAUGAAUGCACGAAUGGUUCGAUGCUGCGAUACUGAGUGCAAGAUGGAAAUGAAGUUCGAAGAUUUCGACGAGCAUUGGGAAAAGUUCUGCAAAAGGCUUGUCAGAUGCGAUUUCUGCUUGACAGAAAGUCGAGUUCAGGACGGUCACCUUUGUCAACAAAAAUUUCGCGCGAAAAAGGAAGAGAUGAAAAAGGAACUUGAGGCUCAAAAACAAAAGUACAAGAACUUGAUUGAUCGACAAAGAAGACUCUUUUAUGAAGAAUUCGAAUUUGAUUGGGAAUUUUAA